UGGAUUAUUUUAUUAAGAACAAAGAAAAAAAAAGUGUGCUUUUUGUCCCGGUGUUUUCGAAACACGAGGUUUAUGCUAGUGUUUUCAUGUUUUGGUGUGUCGUAGGAGUGAUUUGAGUCGCAGAGUUUUUGGCGAUCAGAUAUGAUUUAGGGGAGGGAAGGAGCUGGUGGCUGGUGGCUGGUGGCUGGAGAUGAUGCAUGAUGGUGGUGGUGGAGAGUGGGGACCCCUAACUCCAGUGGACCCCACAGCAUAGUUGCAUCCACGCGAGAAAGGGUCCCACGAAGACAAGCGCCAACGGCAAUGUUAUACCUUAGCUUAGCUUUGCUAGGUUUUUCUUUCUCCCUCUAUCUUUGCUGAUUUCUCCAUUUCUUUUUUUUUUUUUUCGGUUUUUGUUCAACUAAUGAAAGCUUUUUCUAGGCGCAAGCCAAUCGCAUCCACCAUCUCGUACCGGAAACUAUCAUUACACUUCUGUAUAUCUCUCUGUCUCUGUCCCUUGAAUAAAAUAAAAUCAAAUAAACUAAUUUCAUUUCUUUACUCUCUCUCUCUCUCUCUCUCUCUCUCUCUCUCUCUCUGGGAGUGUUUGGGGUGUGGGGGCUAGCUUUUGCUUUAUAUAGUUAGGAGGGGGGGGAAGGUGCUGUCCUUACUUUUGUCUUCGCUUUGCUCUCUGCAUGACUUGAACUGUUAGCAAAAACAAGCUCCAUCUCUCUUCUUCUCUUUUCUUUCAUACUACCCUUUUCACUAUCUUUUCUUUGUACUACUAUUUCUCUUCCUGUUGAAUUUAAGAACCCCCCCGCAAAAAAAAAAAAAGUUGUAAUUCCUUUAGGAGUGUUGGGUAUUUUGCUUUCUUUUAGUUGCAUGGAUGGAUCCUUCAAGUGGACAACACCAGGAGAUGUCUAACCCUUCAUUGGAAAACAUGCUGGUUUGCUCAAAAGGACAGCAAGAGAGAAAGCCAAGGCCUCAACCUGAACAAGCUCUCAAGUGCCCAAGAUGUGAUUCCACCAACACCAAAUUCUGUUACUACAACAACUACAGCCUUUCUCAGCCAAGGUAUUUUUGCAAGUCAUGCAGGAGGUAUUGGACCAAAGGAGGCACACUGAGAAAUGUUCCAGUGGGUGGUGGGUGCAGGAAGAAUAAAAGAUCAUCAUCUUCAUCAUCAUCAAAGAGAAGCCAAGAUCAACCACUAACACCCCAUACCAACCCACUCACUAGCCACCUCCCACCUUUGAGUUACGACACCAAUGACCUCAGCCUGGCCUUUGCUAGGCUCCAAAAACAAUCUAGUGGGCAGUUAGGGUUUGAUGAUCAUGACCUUUCUAUUCUUGGAAACCCCACUAAUACCCACUGUGAUAUUCUUGGAAACCCUAGCCUUAACUGUACCGCUUCAGCUGCCAAUCCUGCCUUUCUUGAUGCACUCAGAAGCAACUUUCUAGGAACCCAGAACAAUUUUCAGAAUUUUCAGUAUGGAUUUGGAAAUGAGAACAUGGGGGAGGUGGAUAAUGGGGGUAGAAGUGUGGGUAUUAAUGGGGAAAUGAUGCUGCCAUACAAUAAUGAAGAAAUGAAUAACAUUGCAACAACAACAUCAGCUGUGACGGUGACAACAAUGAAGCAAGAGUUGUGUAAUGGUUAUGGUAGAGAAAGUGAGAAUAGAGUCUUAUGGGGUUUACCCUGGCAGCUUGGUGGAGAUGGUUAUAACAUGGGUGAUCUUGAUUCAGGCAGAGAAAGCUGGAAUGGACUCAAUUCAUCUUGGCAUGGACUUCUUAAUAGCCCUCUAAUGUAGAAAAAAAAUGGAGUGUUUUUCUUUUUCUUUUUCCUUUUCUUAAUGUCUGCAAGCAGCAUAGAAAGGCAUAGAGUUUUCUUCUCAUAUCAAAACUGAUAGUAUCUCAGUUUUUAAUCUCUUUUUGAGUUUUUUGUAUUAGGAGAUUUGAUUCGCUAGAAUCGUCAGCAUUUCCCAUUUGUUUUCUACCUUGUUUUUUAUCCCCUUUUCAUUCUAUCAUGGGUUGAUAAGCUAAUGAUAUUUCAAAUUUGUUU